AAUAUUCCAAACACAUGGUUUAAAUUCAUGGAUAAAAACAUCAUAGUUUUCCCUGUUGUUAUGUUUGAGUUUAUCAUAAAAUUUGGUAGGACGCCACCAAAUUGUAAUUGUGUAAAUUGAUGUUUUGUCUUUAUUCACUUUGUUCAUUUGUGACUUUGAGAAUAUUUUUUAAAAAUUAAAAUUUUUGCGGCUUACUGUAAUGUAAAUUCUAACGUUACUUGCUAAUUACGCUACCCACCGCUACGAGUUCUUUUGGCGCUGUAAAAUGAAUAUUUCAUUCAGAAUUCUUUUUCCCAGCCGCCAGCAGCAAACGGGGAGUUUAUUUAGAAAAUGGCGUCAGGAAGCUUGGUGGUGGUAUGUGGUGAAGUGACAAAAGAGUGAAAAAAAUCGGGUGUUUAUUUCGAAAAAUGUGUGUGUCUUCGAUAUAGUUUUAAAACGUAACAUUUACUUUAUAGUGCUUAAAAAUGACAGCCAACAUGUAUCGUGUCGGAGAUUACGUGUACUUUGAAACGUCAUCGACAUCGCCGUUCCAAAUCCGACGUAUUGAAGAAUUAAACAAAACCGCGUCGGGAAAUGUAGAAGCCAAGGUGAUGUGCUUUUACAGACGAAGGGAUUUGCCGACACAGCUGAUUCAGCUUGCCGACAAACACCAAUGUGCCUUAGAUGAAUCCAAUGGAAGCCCGGUUUCUGAUUCUUCCCGUUGUAGCGACCAGUUGAGUCCAAAGCAGCGGCAUCAAAUGAAGCAUAGAGAACUAUUUUUGUCACGGCAGGUUGAGACCCUUCCAGCCACCCACAUACGCGGUAAAUGUUCCGUCACGUUGUUCAACGAAACCGAGGCCCUUUCGUCGUACCUUAACAAAGACGACAUGUUCUUCUACUGCCUGGUGUUCGAUCCGACUCAAAAGACUCUACUCGCGGAUAAGGGCGAAAUUCGUGUAGGUAGUCGUUACCAGUGCGACGUGCCACCAAUGUUACGCGAGGGUGAAAGUGAUGGGCGCGAACUCUCGGAACUCGAAACCUUAGUAUGGACGCCAACCCACAAUCUUAGUGACCGACAAAUAGAUCAGUUUUUAGUGGUUUCUCGCUCUGUGGGCACUUUUGCCAGGGCGCUGGAUUGUAGUUCGAGUGUUAAACAGCCGUCGCUGCACAUGUCGGCCGCAGCGGCCAGCCGAGACAUAACUUUGUUUCACGCGAUGGACACGCUCCACCGCCAUAACUACGAUUUAGCUAGUGUGUUGUGUUCUUUGGUACCGUCGAGCGGGCCCGUGUUGUGUAGAGACGAAAUGGAAGAGUGGAGCGCGUCGGAAGCCAACUUGUUCGAGGAAGCUCUGGAUAAAUACGGAAAAGACUUCAAAGAUAUCCGUCGGGAUUUUUUGCCGUGGAAAACGUUGAAGAAUAUAAUCGAGUAUUAUUAUAUGUGGAAGACGACGGACAGAUAUGUUCAACAGAAACGUGUGAAAGCUGUAGAAGCGGAGUCCAAAUUGAAACAGGUCUACAUUCCUAACUACAACAAGCCAAAUCCAGCUGCCCUAAACAAUAAUAAAGGCAUUUUAAAUGGGAGCAGUAAUGGGAAUACAGACUCUGCAGUAUCAUUGGGGGGUAAAGCCUGUGAAUCGUGUAACGUCACCGUGUCGAGUCAGUGGUACGCGUGGGGUCCUUCGCACAUGCAGUGUCGACUUUGUCAAGCUUGUUGGUCCUACUGGAAAAAGUACGGUGGUCUCAAAAUACCAACACGUUUCGGUGACGGUACAGACUUUGAAAAUGGUGGCAAAAAACGAUCUAGCAGUGACGUUGAAGACGAGAAAUCAGUUGCCGGGCACAGGCCGCAUCGAUGUAACAUAGGUGGUUGUGGAAAAGAGUUCAAAUUGAAAGCACAUUUAGGGAGGCAUUAUGCUACCGCUCAUGGUAUCGCGGUUAGGGCAGGUUCGCCUAGGCCGGUCAUGAAGACGCGUACAGCAUUUUACCUCUUGACGACUCCCUUGACAAGGUUGUCAAGACGACUUUGUAGGCAUAUAAUGCGGCCACGGCAUGCAGCUCGGGCACCAUUCUUCCCCAUUAACAUCCAAGCAGUCAAACAGGAGUGCAGCACACAAAUGGCUGGUAAAUCAUUGCAAGAACUGAGGCAGCUGUUAAUUUAUCGAAAAAAAAAUCGAGGAAGUGUGACUGCUAUAGCUACCAGACUGGGGCGGCCAGGUUCGGCCACACCCCAGUGGUUGAUUCUGACAGAUAAGGCAUUGUUACCACAACCUGAUGUAGUCGCUUUUCCUAAACCUCCAAAAGCCCCUGACGGAAGUUUACUGUAUGAAAGGGUACCAAACAAACCAGAAGCAGAAAAGAUUCCUCUUAAUAAUAUAUCUCCCUCACUGAAAAGGAAGGCCUAUGAAGAAAUGAAUGGUAUUGAUAGCUUCUAUUCUGACUUGGAUUGGGAUGAUGGUGCACUAAUAAACCCGCCCUCCACAAAGAGGAUGACUAAAGAACCCGUGCAGAUCGCACGUCAUCCAGUGCCUGCUGUGAUGGGACCUAUGGGCUCAGUGCCUCUUACAACUGCUACUUCUGCUGACCAGUACCAGGCCAUGAUGGCCGCUGCGCAGGCGCAGCUGCCUCCAGGCUUGGUGUCCCACGGAAUGGUUCUUCCACGGCACGUCUCCCACAUCAAUGGUAAACCAAAAAUAGCACAAAUGACCCGCACAGGAUCAGGCAGAAAGCAAGUUAUCAGUUGGAUGGAUGCUCCUGACGAUCUCUAUUUUAGGGCAACAGAAAAUAGCAAAAAAAUGAGGCGACAUGUGUCUUUAACAGACCUACGUAGAGCGGCGAGAAAACCCUGGAGGCCGCUUAAAACAAAACUAGUUGAACUGCAGGUGGUAGUCCUCGAUUGACAGUAAUUGAGUUUGUAAAUAAAUAUUUUAGAAUGAAGAGUGCUCAGUGUGCUACUGCACAAUAACGAUUAAAAAAAAUAGGAUUUUGGACUUGAUUUACCCUUUUCUUAUAGCUCUCCAUUAGAAACAUUUUAUUUCUUUUAAUGGUUUAAGGUGGUUUAUUUAUUUUUGAAUACAACUGGACGAUAUACUUUGUGGUCAAUUAAAACUAAAUAAAACUGUAUGCAUCGUUUCAAAUAUUUUUGGAGAGACGUUUUUGGAGCAGUUUUGGAAAAGGACCUCUUUGAAACUUUAGUUGCUCAAGAACUACUUGGUUCACAUUGGACACAGUUUAUUUGUAUUUAAGUAAAAUAUUUGGUUCCUAAUAUGUAGACUAUUUUUUCAUUGUUUUCAAUUCAACUUCACUGAACAGACAAAUAAGAAAAUAAAUAUAUUACAUAGUGAUCCUUAAAUAUAAUUUAUAAAUACAUUUUGGGACUGCAAUAGAGUUAUAACUAGGCAACUCCAGUUAUAAAAAUUUGUGUCGUAUGAUUAUAGCGAUAAUCUGCCAAUAAAUUUUGCAAAGAGAUGAGAAAAGUGGAGGGUCUCGAUCGCUUGGGCCUUUUUGAGAUAGAUGAGGCAUGGGCUGUGUAGUAUUGUUCUUAUGUCGAUUGAAACAAGUAAAGACUGCAUUAGUACAUACAAACCACUGUGAAUAAGAGCUUUUUUCUAUAGCCCUAUUCUGGCUUUUCUAAUUUGUUGAUGUUGUGUUAAAAAUAUUUCUUUUGUACUUUACAGUUACAGCAGCCAAAAGUCUUCAGUAACAUUGAACUUAUUUGAAGGACAUUCAGUGAACAAAUAAAAUAAAAUCAGUCACUGUACCCUGGUUUAAUCAAUCAAGAUUCCAUAAUUCCCUUGUUUUAAAUUACAAAAUAUCUUUUGUAUAUAAUACUACAAUUGGUAUUUUAGUGUUAUUAAUUAAACAAUAAGAAAACUAAAUAAAUUUGUACCUUUUCAAUAUAAACAUUCCAUAUUUGGAUACUUUUGUGGAGAGGUAAUAAUAAUUGACAUCCUGUUCAUAUGUCUGACGGCUAAGGAGAAAGGAAUUUGUAUUAACAAAUUCUGAAAAAUUCUCUGCCUAACAAAUACUAGUCGCAACGUAAUGUGGGGAGUUUCGACCCUAUUUUAAUUUCAUCAAUUGAAAAAUGAUAUUGUUUUGUAAUCUACGAGUUAUAGCAAAAAAUACAUAACUCAUUUUUCAAUAAAUAUUGUUAAAGAGUAAGAUUUUUCAAUACGAACAUGAUGCACACUAAAAAUGAAAUUUUAAACUAAAAGCCAACAAAUUUGUUUUCUAAAUUAUAAGUCAAUUUUCAAAGUUGUGGAAAUUAACAAUUAGUUGAGAUACUUGCAUAAUUUUAUUUUUAAUAUUUUAAAUUUGGUAAUGGGUACAAAUUUCUGCUAUGAUUAUCGAACAGUUUGAAGCGGGCCUUCGUAGCAAAACAUCUUGAUAUUCAACUAUGAGAAAAUUUUCGCAUAUUAUUUGUUUGAAACAUCUUUUCGAACUUAGUUAUUUAAAUUUAAUAAAAUUUAACAAAUGUGCAUCCGGUUUUAAGUUUUCCUCCAAGCUUGUUACAAUUCUCAGCCAAAAAUUCUGUUAGCAAAUAACACAAAUGAGAAAAAAAGUAAUUCGGUGCUAAAGUUGUAAAUCUAGAUCCAAAUCCGAUCACCUGUAGCAAUAUUAUUAACAUAUUGUAAACAUGAUUACACUUUGCGCGUGAAAGAAUGGAGUGAAAGAGUAAAUAUUUGUGAUUUAAUUAAUAAGUACACACAAUUUUUGUCGUUAAAUUAUGCAAGUCUAUUCAUAAUUUUUUUAUUUAUUAAGAACAUUGUUGUACAAUAAACUAUACAUACGUAA